UACAACCGUCGGCUAGCAGAAAGCCAGCACUCGGAUAACUCGGAUCGCCAAAACACGCCGAUCGAGAAACAGAAGCUCCAAUGGCGGCGACUCGUCCGCUCCUCUACCUCGGCGUUCUGCUCCUGUUCCUGGCCAUGGCGGCAUCGGGAGCGGCGGCGUUCGGCCUCCCGCGAGGCGUGUCGCCUGCGUACUGCGCCAACGAGUUCCUGCAGUACCACGGGAUCUCGCAGAACGAAAAGGCGGCCAUCCACCUCGGCAACACCAAGUCCUGCAUCGCCGGCUACGGAGGCCGACUGGAUCCCUACACCGCGUACCAGCUCUGCAUCCCCUCCUGGGUUGCCUUCACAGACAACGGUACCCUUGUCGGAGAGGCCGCCAUGAACCACGCCGCCGUCAGCCCCGGGACGGCCGUUUCCGGCUUCAAGCGACUCCUCGGCAUCAGGCAAAUGGUGAAGAGAGAAGCAGAGUUAGUGCCGUACCAAUUCACCGAACAGCUGGGAAGAUGCGGCAUCCAGAUGGAGACCGAGGAUGGCCACGUGAUGAAUUUCCUUCCCGAGCGUGUGGCCGGCAUCCUCAUGGCCGAGCUUAAGAAGAUGGCGGAGGCGCGCCUGGGCCGCGAGAUCGAGAGCGCCCUUGUCACCGUCCCCGGGCACUUCAAUGGUGCCCAACGGAGUUCGGUCAGGAGAGAAGCUGCGCGCUUGCACGGUGGCUUCGGUGUCGCCAAGGUCGUCGACGAGCAGGUCGCGGCAGCCGCGGCAUAUCGCCUUCACGAGAAGAGGGGCGACGGCAAGGUCGUCCUCGUCUUCCAUCUCGGCGGCCGCACGAGCCACGCUACAAAGUUCAGAUUCAAGGAUGGCACGGGUCAUCUCCUCGAGGAACGCCAUGAUGCCUACCUCGGCGGCGACGACUUCACUGACAGGAUUGUGGACCAUUUCGUGGAGUUGAUCAGGGAGAGGCAUCACCGUGAUAUCCGUGGGGACGAGGGCGCUCUCAAGAAGCUGAGAGCAACCUGCGAGAGGGUCAAGAAGUUACUGAGCGACCGAGAUGGCGUUCUGAUGAACAUCGGACCGGUUCUCGGCGAAGGCGCAGAUAUCUACGAGGAGCUCACGCGGGCCAAGUUCGAGGAGCUGAACCGUGACCUCAUCGAGAAAGCACUGGAAAUAGUGGACACGGUAGUGAUGGGAGGUGCUCCCACUUCCCAAACGCAGAGCCGCAAGGACGCCAUCGACGAGGUCAUUCUCGUCGGUGGCAGUGUGAGGAUCCCCAUGGUUGGGCAGCUCCUCGAGGAUUACUUCAAUGGUAGAGGGCUAAUCAGGGACGAAGACGCCGUAAUCCGGGGCGCUGCUCUUCUGUCAUGUCCCGAGUCUGCUAGAUACGUGGAUGAAUGCUACAAGGGAGGAGUCUCGGGGCCUGUCUGGUUGGCAAAAUAA